CGCUCGCUCGCAGCUCCCCGCCCGGCCCGCGCCGCCCCGCCCUUCCGCACGGCGGACUGCGUUUCCCAGAGGCCCCCGGGCGGCGGGGCGGAAGGCGCGCUGGGUUGCUGAGCAUGGCCACCGGGGAGCUGGGGGGCAGGGCGGCUGAGAAGCUCUUCUCCCUCAGCGGGCUGUUCGCCGUCUACAAGCCCAAAGGGGCCACCUCGGCUGCCGUGCUCAACCUGCUGAAGGAAAGGCUGCUGGCAGAAGCCGGUGUGCAAACAAAAGAUAACAAAAGAAAAAAGCAAGCCUUGAAAAUUGGACAUGGUGGGACUUUGGACAGUGCAGCAACAGGAGUUCUGGUGGUUGGUAUUGGAAAGGGAACAAAAUUGCUGAAAACUAUAUUGGCAGGUUCCAAGAAGUACACUGCCAUUGGACUACUGGGCAGAGCUACUGAUACAUUAGAUGCUACAGGAAAAGUAACUGAAGAAAAGCCUUAUGACCAAGUAACAAAAAGAGAUCUUGAGAAUGUGCUGCAGAAGUUCACAGGGGACAUAAUGCAGGUUCCUCCACUCUAUUCUGCCUUGAAGAAGGGUGGAGAAAGGCUAUCAACUCUAAUGAAGAGAGGAGAAGCAGUAGAAGCAAAGCCUGCUCGGCCAGUAAGAGUGUACAGCCUGUCUCUCCAACAGUUCCAGCCACCACUGUUCACACUGGAUGUUGAAUGUGGCGGCGGCUUUUAUGUCAGGAGCCUGGUCAGUGACAUUGGCAAAGAACUUUCAACCUGUGCCAGUAUACAGGAACUGACCCGAACCAAACAUGGACCCUUUACGCUGGAGGAGCACGCGCUUCAUGAAGACAGAUGGACAAUUGAUGAAAUUGCACGAUCCUUAGAGCAUUGCAUGUCUCUUUUCCCAGGAGAGCAAUCUCAUAAAAAAUUUAAGACAGAGCUUCCUGGAGAAACUGCUGUGAGCCGUGAAGAUAAGUGAUAAGUUGGGUCAACGAAAAAGACUGAAUGAUUGAGACGUUUUUAGAUUGGAUUGGGAUUGUCUUGCCUCUUGUAUAAAUUUACAGGUCUGUGUUGGGAGGGUGACAAAAUGCAGUCCAAGACAAAUGGUUCUUUUGUUUUCUGGAGCUAGAAGAUGCACUGAAAGCAUCCAGUGCCUGCUGCUCCAUGAUCUGUUUAUUUCUCUCAUUACAUACUGUAAAUUGUUCUGCCGCUGACUUCAAGUCUGCAUAAACUUUUAAAGAACUGAUAGGCUGCCCUACAGCUGUUGUUACUAAUUUUUCAAUAAAAAAUUACAAACCUUAGGAUUUACUGAAUGUGUUCCAGAGAAAAAUCCUUUUUUUCCUUGACAGAUGCUUCCAAACACUGAAGUGCCAUAGUGACAGGACUUUCAUAGCUGCAAGGCUAUAUGAAUACAGAGUGGCAAUUUUUUUUCUUGAAAUCCAUUUUGGAAAAUGCCCACUUUACUGUAGUUUUUGCUAUGCAGAUUGUUCUUUCAGUCAAAUGUUAUCCAGAAUGCAUUAAACCUAAAUGCUUGUGUGAGGUCUGAAAAGGCAUUGUAAGUGAAUAGUUUAUAAAUUCAAAGGGUCUGUAAAGGUAAUUGUUAUGUAACUAGUGCUCUGGAAGGUGCAUUCAUCAUUACAGGUGUACAUAUCCUAUUCUGGUGUGACAUCCUAAUGGUAUCUGUUGGUGAUCUGUCAUUUCAAGUCUAGUCAACUGCUUUGCCUUUUAUAGAGCUUUGGGAGUUGAAUUCUGCAGUGGAACUCAAAGCCGUGUGGGCAGCAGCAGGGUCCAACAUGGAGAGUCUUUGCUGAAACCAUUUUAGUUUGCUGGGGCACUGAGUGCCUGUUCAGCAGUUCGCAUAUUCAACAGAAUUUGACUGCAAUGAUAAUUUCUCAGCACUGCUUCUCUAGAGGUUUGCAGAAUGACAAAGAGUCAGGGCUGCUGGUGCUGAAAAGCACAUGGAUUCUUUCUGACUGUGUACCAGACUGUCCAAACAGGACUUUCAUAUUCGUCCCCAUUCAGCAAUCUAUUAGCACAUCUACUUUCCUCUUGUUAAAACUAUUCCUUUUGUUCAUUGUGACAUGUGAAUAUCCGAAUUGCCAAACGAGGAGUGGAGUGGCUGCAGUUCCAUGCUGUUUGCUGGCCAGGUGGUCCGCUGAGGCUUUGCAAAACUCCUACACUAUCAAUGUCGGUUUUUGGUUCUGGAAUACAGCUACUUGGUUCUCUUACUGUAGUGACUGAAUGAUGGGAAGGCAACACAGGUUAGAUCUUGUGGGUGUAUCUUUCACAGAUGUGAAACUUUGAUUUAAUGACUCUGUUACUCACCUUGCUGCUUUCUGUGGUAAGUUGUCUCAAUAGCUAAUUACCUCCCUUGUAUGAAAGAAAUGACAUUUUAGUCCCAGUUGUAGAAUACAGUGUGUGGAUUUUCUAUCUCUGCACCUUACAUAGUGCAGCUUUCUCUUUGUACUGGUGUUAUGUGAAAUGAAGUUCAAACUUUGCUUUCAACUUCAGAAAAGAAGUAAAUAUCCUGAAGUUUUUAUUGCAAGAUAGCUUUCGAGACAACUGUAGUUUUUAUUUGCUUGCUAUAAAAUAAGGAACUCAAGUCUCUGCAAGAUUAAUGAAGCCCUCUUUUGAUUGUUUUUGGAGGAGGAUAGAGCUUAUCUUCUGUUGCUCAGUAAACUGUUUUCUUUUAUGUAUUCUUAUAAAGAACUUAAGGGAAGCUUUGCAAAUGCUGCACGCACAUCACAAUAUUAGAGCACCAAAGCAGCACCAUGCUUAAUGUAGAAUGCAGGUGAAGUAACUGUUAUUAAAAAAAAAAUCUGUGUAUAAGAAAUGGAAGAAGAGUUGUACUAAGACAGCAGGGCGAUUCUGGGUGUUUCUUCUAGGGAUUCUUUUUGGUACUUUGGGUAGAAACAGAGAAGAAAAAUUGUUUUCAAGAAACAAGUGCUUAGAGUUUUGUAUCGAAUUAAUAAACAGUUUGUUUCCAGGUGAAUUCUGUUAUGCUAUGGAAGCUAUUUCACUUACAGCUUGACUAGAGGUUAUGCUUGGUUGGCCAGAUAGCAUGCAGUGUGACGUCAGAUGUAAGAUAGCUGUCUUUAGACAGUGGCAUAAAACAAUGAGCAAGUAAUGUAGUAACAGCUUAUUUUGUGACCACAGGUGAGUAUCACGCCUGUUCUGGCCCUAAACAGUUGAGAUUUUUCCUAUUAUCUUUCCUGGGUCCUCAACCUCACAAGUGUGCUCUUUCCUGAGUAACUCUAUCCUUUAGUGACUUUCAAGUGAUUAGGCCCAAUGAAUAGCAGCCAGGAGGCCACUGAAAAUUAAACAAAUAGCUUUUUUUUUAAAGAUGUGUUUUAAUGAGUGUAUAACCCCAUAUCUUGAAACUUUCCAGAUCUGAAAGUGUUGUGUUCCCAUGGGAACCUAGGGAAAUAUUCUCCCAUUUUAACUCCUUAUUAAGAUGCACGUCCCUGAGAUAUCAGCCUUAGGAACUGAAGACUUGAGCUUUCCCAGAAGGAAGUCAUGGAUCUUGUUUACUGACGAUCCUUAUGUCUGAAGUUCGAUUAAGGGCUAUUUAAAGUGAGAGGAAAAGUGCAGAUACAGGUUUUUCUGUAGGAAAAGUUGGUUUAGUACCAAAUGCCCAGCUGAGAGUACUUCAUGUACAAAGGUUAGUUAGGAAUCAUAUGCUGUUCUGGCCAUAAAAUAUCCACGUCUCUGUGAUUUACUACUGAAGUACUUCAGUGAUGCAGACUUGAGGAUUUGUGUCAUUUUAAUGAGCAUUGUUCAUGGAGAAAAUCCUGUUUCAAAAAAAAAAAAUAAAUAUAUAUAUAUAUAUAUGUAUAUAUAUAUAUAUAUAUCCUCAUUUUGACAUAAAUGUUUUCCCUCUUGAGUUUGGAUUCGUGAUCUUUAAUCCGUGGCAUUAUGCUCCUUUAGUCUGGCCUUGUCUCUGCUGCCAGUGCUGGUGCUGCUUCAAUGAUACUGACAAUGGCUUUGUCAUUUAUCUCCUCCUAAUGUCCCUGCUGGGCUGGGUCUCUUUCUUCCUGCUUUAAAUGCUAGUUUUUCUGUGUGCUUCAUAUUAUUUUUCUGCUGCCAGCCUGCUGAGCACUUCUAAAAUGUUUUUAAGUAAAAUCGAUAAGAUCUUUCUUUUUACAUGUAUUCAUCAAGCCAGAGCCAUUAGUGAAAUAUUCUAGGAGCGCCUUCAUCAAUAACUAACAUUUAGCAUCUUGCCCUGCAGAACUGCUUGUGAUUUAUAUGUUUAUUAGAAGAAAAUAAAGUCAAACAACUUUGAAUGGCUCACCAGAUUUUGAAAUACCUUAGAAUUUUUUGGUUUUAUUUUUGGUGUAGUAAAUGGUCCAGUUGCUAUUGUGAUCGUAAA